AUGGCCGAUGUGGGCGGCGGCGAGGACGACCGCCGCAGCAGCAGCCGCCGCGGUGGCGGCGGCAACGGCAGCGACAGAGGCAGCAACAGCGGCGGCAACAGCGGCAGCAGCAGCGACAGCGACAGCGACAGCGACAGCGACAGCGACAGCGACAGCGACAGCGACAGCGACAGCGACAGCGACAGCGACAGCGACAGCGACAGCGACAGCGACAGCGAGACGGAUCUCCCGGCGCUCCGCGGGCCAGAGGUCUGGCGGCUUGCCCGCUUCGACAAGCCGGCGGAACUCACCAGCCGCCGGACCAGGGAGAUACCUCGCCGAAAUCCGAGGUACGAGUCGCCCCCGUCGCCGACAAGUGCCGAAGCCCUGCUCGCCUCGGCGGCGAGCCUGCCCGUCAGCAGCACGGAGGAGUUCACCAGCUGGAUGCUCUCAGCGGAGGCCCGCGCGGCGCGCCAAGAGGCGGAGGACUUCCCGCUGGGUGCGGUGGACCUCAUGCUCAACUCGCCAGACGCCUUCGAGACGGCUCUGGCGUCCCACGAGCUAAGUGAAUCCCCCAUAGGCAAGCGUCCGAGUGAUGUAGAAGCCCCACCCAUGACUGUAGCCGGCGUUGCCAAGUCUGUUUACCGAGAGGGGUGGGAACAGGCCAUGAGGGAAGAGUUUGAAGGGCACUUGGGCACGGGGACGUUUUCAUUCGUAGACGGUGCGCCAGAGGGGCGCAGGCCUGGAAGAUUCAAAACGCGUUUGGUUGCUAGGGGAUUUUCACAAAUCCCGAACGUCGAUUACUUCCAUUCGUCUUCCCCUUGCCCAUCAUCCGCAUCCAUUAAACUGAUGCUUGCGGUAGAAAACGAGAAGGGCAUGAACCUCAAUCACUGGGAUGUGAAACAGGCGCACACACACGCCACGCUAGACGAGGAGGUUUUUCUGAGGCUCCCCGCUGGGUGCGGGGACAAGUCGCAUAAGAUUGCUAAGGCUGAGCGUGCGAUUUAUGGUCUGAAGCAGAGCGGUAGGCAGUGGGGGUACCACGCUGCUGAUACGCUAGUCGAGAACGGGUUCGAGCAAUGCAAGGCGGACCCGUGUGUUUUCCGCAAGAUGGUAGACGAAGUCGUGGUGAUGAUUAUCGUGAUUUAUGCGGAUGACAUUUUGGUGGCUGCGUCUGACGAGGAUUGCAAGGAGUUGCUUGCUUCUCUCAACAAGAAAUUCCCCACCAAAAACCUUGGAGAGUGUCAAUGGUUUGAUGGGUGUGCCAUCGAGAGAGAUGUAGAGGCUGGGACUCUUAGAAUCUCCCAAACCNUGGUGAUGAUUAUCGUGAUCUACGCGGAUGACAUUUUGGUGGCUGCGUCUGACGAGGAUUGCAAGGAGUUGCUUGCUUCUCUCAACAAGAAAUUCCCCACCAAAAAUCUGGGAGAGUGCGAAUGGUUUGACGGAUGUGCCAUUGAGAGAGAUGUAGAGGCUGGGACUCAUGAUAUCUCGCAAACCGCGUACAUCGACAGCAUGGGAAGGGAGUGGCCGGUGAGGGAAGACAUCGGCAGCAUGAUGUGGGUAUCAACGUUCUCGCGUCCAGACGUCUCGUUCGCCGUGCGUGUGGUAGCGCGCCACGCCCAAGCCCCGGCGAAGAGGCUCUGGGAUGCCAUCCAGAAGAUCCUCGGCUACUUGAAAGGGACGGGGGACCUCGGCAUCACCUACCAACGGGGGUCGGGGUUAGGGCUUGCCGUAUACGUAGACGCUAGCUAUGCCGACACGGAGGACAAGCAUUCGGUGUCAGGGUUGGCUACGACGGUUGGAGUUACCGUAGUCAGCCAUGGUAGCAAGACACAGAGCAUCGUGUCUUUGUCUUCGACGGAGGCCGAAUACAUUGCUGCCGGGGAGGGCGUCAAGGAGGCGUUGGGGCCAUAG